AUGACCACCAAAAUACCCUCCCGAGCAUCCUCACCCAAAGUGUCAUCACGACCCAAACUCAUGCGAGCACACGCCACAGCACCCUCCCUCGUCACCGGCAACGCCUCCCGCCAAGAUCUCGCCCAUCUACAAUCUUCAUCCAAAGCAACCUCCAUCCUGACGCGCGUGGCUACCUAUUCGGCCCAGCAAGAUGUGGGGAGUCCCCGGAGCGGAAGUAGUGCGUAUUCGACGCCUGGGAAUCGUAGUCCGAGGAGUCCGGAGAGUGCGUUGCCUAGGAGCUGUAAGGAGGAGUUGAAGGGAUUGCAGUUGCAGUAUCAGUGUUAG